AUUUUUUUUUAAAUCGAUGUCUGAAAGUUGUGAAAAUUCGAUUCAUCUCUCUUUAUGAUUUUCCUACUGAAUAAUUCUUGUUGGAAUUUAUAGAAUCGACCAGAAGAGAAGAAUCGACGACUCGAAGAUGAAUUUUCCAUCGUUUUUCUCCUGAUAUCCACCAAAAAUUCACUUGAGUCAUCUCGUUUCUACCACGAUAAUAACGAAAGUCCACUGCGCUCAUGAAUUUAUAAUCUGCAGCAAUGUUGUUUAUCCUUCACUCAUCCAUCCGCAAGUUGGACUCAUCACGACAUGAAUACCAAGUGCAAGCCCAUUGCGUAUCGAUAAAUGCAAGUGAGCAAAAGUUUAACCGGGGAUUAAAGUCAAGACCAUUAUAAUUCCUCCUUUAGUGAUAUGACCAGUUGUAUUUAUCAUGGCGACAGUUGAAUCGAUGAUUUCGCAUUGUAAAGAUCGAUAAACGCGUGAGCAUAAGAAAAGUAAUGAGUAACAGCUCAAGUUUUUAUUUUAUUUCCCAUAAAAAAUCAACGGAAUUCUCAAAACAAAAUUUUCCGUGCGUCUAUCAACUGAAACACAGUAACAGCAGUUGAAUUUUAUUUUUUCAAUAUUUUCCUGGUAUCGACAAUGACGGGCCCAUUCAAUAACUAAUGAUUUCUUAUCAUCCGCGACCUUGAGCACUCCAUUUUCAUAUAAACGCUAAUUGAAGAUUAUUCGACUGGCGUUCCUCGUCAGAUAUUGAGCCACAAAAUUAUCUUACUUCGUCAAGUAUCGUGGCACAUAUCUAGACAUUCUUUUUUCAAGUCUGUGAGCAAACGUUUCAGUUAUCUCAAGGGAGGGGAGAACACCUUGGUCUCGUUAUCAGACUGGUGUGCCUUCCCAAUCAUUUUCCCAAGUUUUUUUUUUCUUUUUUGUACAGAGCAGGAAAAAAGAGAGGAGAAAUUUAUUCAGUUUAGUAAGUGCGCUUCGAUGCUCGGUGCGUAUUAUUUUUCUCGAUGAUUUUUAAUAGUCUCAGUGUUAUUUACUCAAUCCACUUGAUAAGUGAUGAUCUAGGGCAUUUACGUAAUUUUGAAUUGUCCGGUUCAUGGGAUUGUGGUCGAUGAGAUCGGUUUCUCUAUGAGAAAAUCGAGAGAAAAUAUUGGGGUCUUGAGUUUUUUGACCGGCUGGGGGAGAUAUUAAUGACGAUAUUUCAAAGUGUCAAUUUACUGGGACACAUGACCGAUGUGCCUGAUAAAGGAUCGUGAAAUAGCGAGCAGCUGUGACGGGGGAUUUGUUUUAUUGGUAGUCAGUGAUAAGUGUUAUGCCAGGGGAAUUGGUGGAUCCAAUGUAUGCUGGAGUCGAGAGGCCUUCUCCGAGGAGGAGAGCCUACACCUGGAACACUAGGAGAAGAUCCACAAAUGAUUUUACACCACCGCAAAGACCCACCCGAUUAUCUCUCGCUGAACCGCAGCCUCUCAAUGACGAAUCUACGAGCAGGCUGAGAUUGCGAGUGAUAGCUGGACAUCAACUAGCCAAGAAAGAUAUUUUCGGUGCCAGUGAUCCUUAUGUGAGGAUUGACUUGUAUCCAAUUGAGGGGCAUGAGACAGUUGAUUCUGUACUUACUAAAACGAAAAAGAAGACACUCAAUCCUGUCUGGGACGAGGAAUUUAUCUUCAGGGUGAAACCUAGUGAACACAAACUAGUACUUCAGGUAUUCGAUGAGAAUCGUCUGACGCGAGAUGAUUUUCUGGGAAUGAUCGAGCUGACACUGGCUAAUCUGCCAAAAGAACAGAGAGGUAGAACAAUUCCAGCUAAACAAUAUAUUCUGCGUCCGCGGAGUCAUUCCAGUCAGCGUCCCAAGAUCAAAGGGACAUUGGAGAUUUAUCACGCUUACAUUGGAGACUCGUCUACUCCUGAGAGCAAUGAUGAUAACGUCUCGGACUCUGGGGGUUGGGAGUUGCUGGAUCAACCCAGUCCUACCUCAAAUAAUAGCCCUAUUCAACAGUCUGAUACAACACCAAAUGGGCCACUGCCACCAGGCUGGGAGGAACGUCAGGAUGCAAAUGGCAGAACCUACUACGUCAACCACAUAGCCAGGUUCACCCAGUGGGAUCGUCCGACUACGACCAAUGCUGCACCAGUGGGUGGUGUGACCGUGGAGCAACGAAAUUUAGACACAGCAGCGACCGAAUUCCAACGAAGAUUUCACAUCAGUGUGGAUGAUGCUGAGAGCAGGUCCCAUCGAACUUCUGCAAUUAGUCAGGAUCGGGAAUUAACUCGAGAGGAAGACGAUUGUGGAGAUAGUGAUAAUGGGGAAACAUUCGUUGGGGAUGUUUCCUCCGACUCUGGACAGUCUGUCGACCAACGGGGUUAUCUAGCUGAGGGUGAUGAUCAGAGUGACGAUAAUGUUGACAGCCCAGCGGGUUCUAGACGAUCUUCCGAACAGCCAUCAUUGCCGAUACCGAAUGGUGAUGGGCUGCCCCCUGGAUGGAGCAUGCAACUGGCCCCGAACGGUCGAAUGUUCUUCAUCGAUCACAAUGAGAGAGCAACGACCUGGGUAGAUCCGAGAACAGGUCGUCCCAGUCCAAUGCCCAACCACAAUCUGCCUUCAACAACCCCAAGAAGUGAUCUAGAUCAGUUGGGGCCCCUGCCAGAGGGCUGGGAGGAGCGAGUCCACACAGACGGCCGUAUAUUCUUCAUCGAUCACAACACCAGGACGACUCAGUGGGAGGACCCACGCAUGUCAAAUCCCCAGAUAGCAGGACCAGCUGUUCCCUAUUCUCGUGAUUACAAAUUGAAGUACGAAUAUCUCAAGUCCCAGCUGAGAAAGCCCAGCAGUGUGCCUAAUAAAUUUGAGAUCAAAGUUGGCAGGAGUAAUAUCCUGGAGGACUCCUAUCGAAUCAUCAGUUCAGUCAACAGAGUUGAAAUUCUCAAGACAAAAUUGUGGGUUGAAUUUGAGGGUGAAGUGGGACUGGACUAUGGUGGACUCGCCAGGGAGUGGUUCUUCCUACUCUCCAAGGAGAUGUUCAAUCCGUAUUAUGGACUUUUCGAGUAUUCAGCAAUGGACAAUUAUACUUUACAAAUCAAUCCAUUCUCCGGUGUGUGCAAUGAGGAGCACCUGAAUUAUUUCAAAUUCAUCGGACGAAUUGCUGGAAUGGCUGUGUACCAUGGAAAAUUACUGGAUGCAUUUUUCAUUCGUCCAUUCUACAAAAUGAUGCUUGGAAAGCAGAUUGACCUGAAGGAUAUGGAGUCUGUAGACUCGGAAUACUACAAUUCCCUCCUGUGGAUUAAAGAGAAUGACCCGUCAGAAUUGGAAUUGACGUUUUGUGUGGAUGAGGAGAGCUUUGGUCACACGUCCCAGAGGGAAUUGAAGGCCAAUGGAGCAAAUGUACCAGUGACAGAUGAAAAUAAAGAUGAAUACAUUAGUCUGGUGAUACAGUGGAGGUUUGUCUCACGUGUUCAGGACCAGAUGAAUGCUUUUCUCGAUGGUUUCAAUGCCCUCGUACCACUGACACUUGUCAAGAUCUUUGAUGAACAUGAGCUGGAGCUACUCAUGUGUGGAAUUCAACAUAUUGAUGUUAAGGACUGGAAGAAGAACACUCUUUACAAAGGGGAUUAUCAUGCUAAUCAUAUCACUGUUCAAUGGUUCUGGCGUGUGCUGCUGUCUUUUAAUAAUGAAAUGCGGGCUAGACUGCUGCAAUUUGUUACUGGCACUUCUCGGGUACCGAUGAAUGGGUUUAAAGAGCUUUAUGGCAGCAAUGGACCACAAUUAUUUACUAUUGAGAAGUGGGGAACACCAGAGAAUUAUCCUAGGGCUCAUACUUGCUUCAAUCGAAUUGAUUUACCACCUUACGAGAGCUAUCAGCAGCUGAGGGACAAGCUAAUAAAAGCUAUCGAGGGCUCACAAGGAUUUGCUGGUGUUGAUUAGCGCGAGAUACCAUUUUUUAUGAUUAUACCUGUAAUAUAAUGUAUAUAUAUAUACACCCAUGGAUAUAUACAAGCUUUUCGUAUCGAGUUUCCUUCGAAAUUGACGAUUAUUCCGAUUAAUGUCAGCGUUAAUUCACACUCUCCACAGGUUACUGGAGUUUAAAUUUGCAAUCAGUUCUUCUAGAAUUCAAUGCGAAUGUGUACAUAUAUUUAUAAUAGAGCUCUGUUAUAAUAUUCCAAAUGCAGGGAUGAGAGUUUUUAUGGAAAAAUUGUCGUAGGGAAAGUGAUGAUAGUGAGAUCCUCGAGAUAAGGCCAUACAGAAUUAUUAAUUUUUCCAAUUGUAACAUACAACUUGAGAUAUGCCCGUUUCAGAAUAAUAUUGGGGAGUUUCGAGAGUCGAGGAGCAUUGAUUAUCGAUAUUUACGUCUUAGUCAGACUUGUUCCGCUCCAGGAGCUUAUCAGUGGUGUUUUUCGAAUUUAAUUGAGUUUAAUUGCAUUCUGAGGAGUUCAAUUGAUCAUGUGAACUUCUUACAUUGAGGGAAUCUCAGUAUUCAUGGGUGAUCAGUCAAAACUUUUUGAUUUUCUCAUGGAGAUAAUGAAAAGGUAAUGAAAAUUACCGGGAGAAAAUUCAAGGCUAAGGCGUGGAUGUCGAUUAACGAGCAAUUUAAUGUAAAUGAUCGAGAUGACAUCAUCAAAAUUACUUAACGAUGGUAAUGUUUUAUUGAAUUAUGUUCUAGCGAUUAAGAUAUAUAUUUUUUGAAAUGUUAACGAAUAUUUUAAGGGUUUUAACAGGUGGAGCGAUAAAAAAAAAACAUGGAUAAACACAAAAAAUAUGGAACUAUUUUUUGUUAGCGAGUAUAUAGUAGACAAAUUUUACAUUAGGAUCACUGAUAAUUAAUUAUUUGUCGCGGAGUAACCCGUUUUUUUUUGUUCGGAUCUGGAAUCAUUGGAACGAGACAAAUGGUGUAGACGAUAUUAAAUUCAUGUAUAUUUCUAUUUUGGCGACUUGAUGAUUGUUAAAUGAAUAUUAUUUCGUCACUGCGAAUAUGAAAUUACCCGUCCAGAACAGCUGAGAAUUUUUCAAGCAGAAUUCAGUGGCAAAAUCCUAAGAUGAUUUGAAUUUUCAGGAUUUUUCUUAAUUGUCUUUGCUACUGAAUUCAAUAUUAAUACCGCUAGAUUUAUUAUUGAAACUGUCGAUUUGUUUUUAUUAAAGAAUGAGAUGAUAAAAAAGCGGAAGUCCGACGUUCGAUAUUGAUCGGUGGAGUAUAUUAUUGAGAUUAGGUGUUUCUUGACCCUCAAUAAUAAGGAAGACUGAUCGUCCCGAGAUAAAUUAGGAAAGGAUAGAUUACAGGUACAUUCCAUCCUGCUUGUAUAGCUUCAAUAAUAAUCCCAAUUUUUAUCAAUUAAACCUUCGAAAAUAAAAAUAAAGGAAAAUUGAAAAUC